AUGGAGAACCGCCGCGUGCUCGGCAUCCUGGACAGCGCGAACGGCGUCGUCGAGUCGCCGGUUCUCGUCGAUGGUCGCCGUUCCGCCCUGAGCGUAGUUGUCGAGUCGAGGAGUUCGCCCCGCGCUGGUCGCCGCGUACGUCGUCGAGUCGAGUCGCCUGAGAAGGACGUCGUGGAGCUGCCAGACUCCAUCACGCAGAACUCGGAGCUCGCGCCAGACUCCAUGGAGAUGGAGAUGGUCCCUGAUUCUUUGCCGCCGGACUCCAUCAUGCAGUUGUCCGAAGCGUUUCCGCCGCCACUGUUGCCUUUCUCCCUCACCGCUGCAGCAGCUCGCCCUGGUGCGCUCCGUCGAGCCCCCACCGUCGCCACGCCGACCCCGCCCUCGUCCGGCGACCUCGACGCCCCUGCUGCGAUGCCGAGCUGCCGCGACGCCGAGCCGCCGCGACGCCAAGCCCCCUCCCGCAGCGCUUCGCCACCGAGCUCCGGCCGAAUCUCCGACGACCGCGUCUUCGUCCUCGCCACGGUCACCAGGAGCCCACGACGUCCGCGACGACCUCGUCUUUACGAGCCUCGGCAGCGACCACGACCUCGACGCCCCAGCAGGAGCUCCGCGCCCUCGCCGAGCACCUCGCCCCGGGCCACGACGCCGCCGAGCACCGCCGAGCCGCACCGCGACCCCGACGCCGUGCUCGCGCACCUUCCUCUACGCCAAGCCUCGACCCCGACCACACUGGAGUCGACAUCAAGCGACGCGACGCCGCACGUCCUCGACAAGGACUUCACCGAGCACCUCGCCCAGGAGCCCACGACGACGCUGCACCGGAGCCGCCCGCCACGUCGAGCUUCGCCCCGCUCCGACCCCUGCAGCCGCGACGCCGAGCAGCAGGACAGCGACACCGACCUCGCCCCGACCACGACGUCGCCCGCAGCCACGCAUCACCGAGCGCCACCCCGACGUCGCCCGAGCCCUUGGCCACGUGCUCGCCGCGGUCCCCACCCCGGCAGCAGCGUGGUAGCCGCGACGUCGCUGCGGUGA